AUGGCCGAGUCUUCCACUAAUGAUAGAAACAAACAUUCACGUCAGGAAGAUGAUACACUAGGCCGAACUGGUGGAAUAUAUAUUCCUCCUUUCAAGUUGGCUCGUUUACAAAAGACAAUCAAAGACACUAAUAGCGUGGAAUAUCAAAAACAGGCAUGGGAACAUCUCAAAAAACGUAUAAAUAGUGCAGUAAAUAAAAUUUCUAUUAGCAACAUUGUGGAUAUUGUUGAAGAAUUAUUGGGGUGUAAUUUGAUAAGGGGUAGAGGCAUUUUUGCCAGGAUAAUCAUUAGGGCCCAAAUGGCUUCUCCAGGUUUUACUCACAUUUAUGCUGCAUUACUGGCAGUGAUUAAUUCAAAACUCCCCAGUCUUGGAGAACUAGUUCUUCGAAGAGUUAUCCUCCAUUUCAGACGGGCUUACAAAAGAAAUGACAAAUUAACCAGUCUAUCAUGCGCCAAACUUAUAGCACAUUUAGCUAAUCAAAGAGUCGCCCAUGAAAUAAUGGCUCUUCAAUUUUGUGCAAUUUUGUUGGAAAAUGCAACUGAUGAUUCAGUUGAAUUAGCUGUUGGAUUCCUAAUCGAAGUAGGCCAGUUGUUAUCAGACACUUGUAAGAAAGGGUUUGAUAGCAUAUUUGAACGACUUAAGGUUAUUUUACAAGAAGGAGAAAUAGAUAAACGCACACAAUAUACAAUAGAAAAGUUAUGGGAAAUAAGGCGUAAAAAUUUUGAUGAAUAUCCAACAAUCCUACCCGAACUAAGUCUUGUAGAUCUGGCAGAUCAGAUAACCCAUGAGAUUGAUUUUUUGGACCCUGAAAUUAUAGCUGAAGAAAUGCUGAAUGUCUUUCAACCCACUGAUCCUAUUCAAUAUGAGAAAGAGGAUAUCAAAUGGAAAGGUUUGGUUAGGGAAUUAUUGGGUGAUAAGGCCAGUGAAGACUCUGAUGCUUCAAGCACAGAUUCUGAACUAGCACAGGAAGACGAAGAAGAUGAAACAAAUGAAAAGGGAGAGAAAAUGGAGAUUACAGACUGUACAGAACAAGAUGUCAUAAAUUUACGUAAAACAAUCUACCUAUGUAUAAUGUCAUCACUAAAUUUCGAAGAGUGUGUACAUAAAUUACUGAAAUUAAACAUUAAAAGUGGACAGGAAAUUGAAGUUUGCACUAUGUUAAUCGAUUGUUGCUCAAUUGAACGUACAUUUCAAACAUUUUUUGCGUUACAAGCUGAGAGAUUAGCAAUACUAAAACCGGAGUACUGUGAAUGUUUUCAAGAGUGCUUUGUUAAACAAUACGCAUUAGUCCACCGUCUUGAAACAGCAAAACUAAGAAAUGUUGCGAGGUUCUUCACUCAUCUUUUAUACAAAGAUGCAAUACCCUGGACUGUAUUGAAAACAAUCGAACUUGGUGAAAAUAGUACAACAUCAAGUGGGAGGAUAUUCAUCAAAAUUAUCUUCCAGGAGCUAUGCCAUCACAUGGGCCUACCUGCGCUGGAUGCUCGGUUACAUGAACCUGAAUUACAAGAUUCUUUGGCAGGCUUAUUUCCCACGGAUCAUCCAAACAACACCCGCUUUUCAAUCAACUUUUUCACCGCAAUUGGCUUGGGUGCACUAACUCUAAGAUUGAGAGCAUUACUCCAAUCAUAA